CGGAUAAUUAACAGGGUAGUGUCUGGUAACACUCAGAUACAAGAUACAAGUGCGACAGCGACAGCAAAUACACGGCCGAGUGCAGCGCGAUUGCAGCGAAGGAGAAAAACCAAGGAAGUUGUUGAUUGCAGAGGCAGCCCAGACCUGCUAAAAAUUAAAAAAAAAAAAUAAAAAAGAGUGAAACCGCUCUGUCGCGCACGGUUUUACGGCUGAAGAUGGCUCCAAGGAGCGGCUAAAUAGACUUCGACUCGGCCUGUUUUAGCUAAAACAACAAGCUACUCUAAAAGAACAAGACGGCGACGGCGACGGCCACUCCUUUUGUGUCCGACUCCGAGAUGUGUGCGUGUUCGUGUUCGUGUCCGCGUCCGCCUUUGUGUGUUUGUUAAAACUUGUGAUUGCUGAAUAAAUUAGGGCUGCAAAUAUCGUAAUUAGCAGUGCGGGCGACUAUAAAAAGUGAAAAUCUUCUGCGUUUUUCGUUCGUCUGCAGAAACUACAGCUACAGUUAGAGAUAAGAAGAGCUCACACACACACACACACGUAGACAGCGCAGAACAGAAGUGGUGUGCGUGCGUGUGAAUGUGUUUAUGACUCACGGCUGGCCAGCGAGAGGGAGUAGGAAAGAGAGAGAGAGAGCGAGAGUGGCUUAAUCUACCUACGGCAACAAAGCGAGCUCAAAACAACAACAAAUCGCCGACUGAAGAAUAGAAUUUCCCAAGUUGAGCGGAACUAAUCGACGUUGAAGGAAAAAUUCUACGCGAGUCCCACGCACAGCACACUAGCAGGACCAUGAGUUUCACUAAGUGGUUCAAGAAGAAGGAGCAGAUCUCGGAGAUCGGCGCCCCCACCAACUUCCAGCGGCACUUCCAUGUGUCCCGCAAUCAAGAGACGGGCGACCUGGAGGGUCUGCCGGCCCCCUGGGUGCGGCUGAUGAACUCACAGAUCACCAGGGACGAGCAGGACAAGAAUCCGGAUGCGGCGUACCAUGCCGUCAAGUACUACAACUACUCCAUCAAGAAGAAGGAGAACGAAGUGUUCAAGCCCUUCAUCACCGAAGACGUGAUCCACGAGGAGUCCAAAGAAAUCGAGAACUAUGUCAACUACAAGAACAAGCACAAGUCGCAGGAUCCGGAGAAGUCGGACGACGAUGGAACCGCCACAGAGAGCAGCAGCGGCUGCGGCUCCUCGGCGGGCAACAGCAACAGCAGCAGCAUCAACGACAGCAGCCAGCAGUCGGCGGUGCCACUGGAUGCCCUGGAAGAGGUCUUCAAGGAGCUGAAAUCCAGCCUGGAACACCGCGAGACCUUGAAGGCGACACCACAGCCGCUUCAAGAGCCACCACCAGUGCCGCCCAAAAAAUCACCCCACGCCAUGGCUCCCAAACCGCAAAUAAAGCCCAAGCCCCGGGUAACCCAGAAGUUCUCGCGCACCUCCGACCUGCGGCGGGACGAGGACGGCGAACACCCGCACAAGGUCAACACAGACACGAUCAUCAUCAAGCCGGCGGCACCCGGCCAGCACAUAGACGCCGGUGGCGAUGACAACCCGGACGAGACGAUACUCCGCCGGUCGAAGGAGAAGCGGACGCAGAAAACCGACGCCGAGAUCUACGAUGAGCUGCGAGCCAUCUGCAAUCCCGAGGAUCCCCGCGAGCGAUACAAGACUACCCAGGAAGUGGGCAAAGGUGCCUCCGGAAUCGUGUUCAUCGCUGGCGACCUACAGAACGAGUCGCAAGUGGCCGUCAAGACGAUCGACAUGAAGAACCAGUCCUCCAAGGACCUAAUCCUCACCGAAAUCCGGGUGCUGAAAGACUUCAAUCACAAGAAUCUGGUGAACUUCUUGGAUGCCUACCUGUUGGAGCCCGAGGAUCAGUUGUGGGUGGUCAUGGAGUACAUGGACGGCGGCCCGCUCACCGACGUCGUCACCGAGACUGUGAUGAAGGAGCGCCAGAUCGCCUGUGUCUGCCGCGAGGUGCUCUACGCCAUCAGCUUCCUGCACGCCAAGGGCAUCAUCCACCGGGACAUCAAGUCGGACAACGUGCUGCUCGGCAUGGACGGGUGCGUGAAGGUGACUGACUUUGGCUUCUGCGCCAACAUCGAGGGCGACGAGAAGCGACAGACGAUGGUGGGCACUCCGUACUGGAUGGCGCCCGAGGUGGUCACGCGCAAGAAGUACGGCAAGAAGGUGGACAUCUGGUCCAUCGGCAUCAUGGCCAUCGAGAUGAUCGAGGGCCAGCCGCCAUAUCUGUACGAAACUCCGCUCCGCGCCCUCUACUUGAUUGCCGCCAACGGUCGGCCGGACAUCAAGAGCUGGGAGAAGCUCAGUCCAAAUCUGCAGGACUUCCUGGACCGCUGCCUCCAGGUGGAGGUGGAUCGCCGGGCCACUGCCGACGAGCUGCUCUGCCAUCCAUUCCUCAACGACUGCAGCGAGGUCAAGGCGCUGGUGCCCAACAUCAAGGCGGCCAAGAAAGUCCUUCGUCGCAAUGUAUAGUUGCUGUGCAAUCACCGUGCGGCCAGGCUGCUCUACGCGUGAUCGGGACUGGAAUUGGGACUGGGACUGGGACUGGAGUGGGGCCUGCCCUUGUGAAUAAUGAGUUUUCAAAUGUAAAUUUAUUUUGUGUGGACGCAACCGGAACUGGAACUGUAACUGGAACAGAAUGCUGACCGUAGUCUUUGUAGUGUGUAACGUACAACCAUAGAAAUAGCGAGAUCAGGACUAGGACUCUGCCACUCCCCGUCGAAAUCAGCACGUGAAACCAUUUAUGGAGAGGAGGACGGAAAUUGAGUUAAAUUUUCCUGCUGGAUCCACCUCGCACUGGUCGCAAAAUUAUCAGAUGACAGCGGGGAGGAGUUAUCGCUUAGAUUAGAUUGUCGUCCUAUGGCAAAUUAGCCUUACUUCGUACAUUGCGCCAAUGUAUAUUACCACGCACACAAGCACGCACAUAUGAUAUACAUAGAUACUGUAUUAUUAACUGUAUGGAAUUAAGUUGGUCUACUCCUUAUAUACCCUUAUAUAUACAUAAUUGUGAUUUAAGCGAUUUUAUCAAAUCUGCAUUAUGCAAUUCUACAUAAAAUUCGUCUUAGUCUGUAAGUGCAACCGUACCCUAACCAGAGAGAGAUCAUGCAAUACUUGUUUGUAAAUUACCAAAAAAAAAAAAACGAGAAAAAAAUAAGAAAACUAAAAAAAAGCAAAGGCGAUAAAUAUAGCGAGUGGAAAUGAUUGUAACAAGUGCCAUUAGGACUAGAGCUAGCAGCAGCAAGCGACGCAUCAGCAGCAACAAGCACAAAACUGAGAAAUUAUCUCCACAAUUCGAUAUGUCUUUCCCACAAAGAACAGAUAUACCAGAUAUCAUUACAGAUAGCUAAUUAAUUAGAAAACUAGCCGGAGCAUGUAUAUUAGCUGAUAUUCACCGACAGGAUUGAGAGAUAACUAAUUGAUAUUCCAUUUUAAAUAAGUACAAAGUUGAGACUAACCGAAAUACAUAUAUAUUAUAUAUGAAACAAAGAACAGAAUAGACAGACUUUCCCCUGUUCCUUCCCUGUCAGGUUUUGCCAUAAGCGUAUAUAUUUUUAACCAAAACCUUAUCACAAUAGAGCUGUUUUACAUCUAACCGUAUAAUGAAUGUGUCAAAGCUAAUGGAGCUAACGAUAGCACAGUAUAUCCUUAUCGAGAGGAUGCAUAUACUACACCUAGUCCCAUCGGGAAUUACGAGCAAUGCCAAACAUCAAAAUGGAAUGAGGGAGAACUUCUUCAUAUAAUUAAUCGUGUAGCCAAAAUAUUUUCGUUUCUAAUUCGUCUUUUUAGUUCAAUUUUGAUGCUAUCUUCCCAUCAUCCCAAUAAAUAUUCGGAAAGAGUGUCCAUGGCUAGUCGCUAUUCUCUCAGAGCCCGGCUAAAUAGGGCUUUGCUUAAAAUACAACGAAGGAGGAACUAAAUUAUUGGCUUUUAUUAAAUGUUAUGUAGUAGGGGCUAGGGAUUAUCUUUUGCUUGCAAUUCGGACAUUUAGUAUCACAUUGAUUGAUUGCUGCUGCUGCAGAUCGGUUCAUAGUUAAAUUUUUAUAUUAAAACAAAAAUUGAUCAUUUUUUGGCCUAAAAUUAAUGCAUCCAUAAUUUUCAAAGAGCUUACAUACCUUACCGAUUAAUCGAAAAUAUACUUGAUUUUCUUAGUUUAGCUUAAAUGAGUAUUAGACAAGUCAACGAACGGUAGUAUUGUUGUAAGGACAUAAAUGACAGAGAGAGUACAGUAACAAAAGGAAAAAGGAUUUGAAAAGGACCUUUUUGGUAACCGAGACAUACCCGACUUUACAUAUUCGCCAACGCAUUUAAGACGAACGCAAAUAUUGCAAUUAUUAAAGUAAAAACGUAAACGAAACUUAAGUCUUCAAAUAAAAAAGAAAGAACAACAAGAGGUAGCAUAAUUUUUUAUACGAAACUUUUAUUGCAAUUGUAAAGAUAUGUACGAGUGUGAAGAGUGAAGCCGAAAUCAAUUUUGAUCGAUUCGUAAUUAUAUUAAUAUACACGACCAGGAUUGGCGCUAUUUCAAUUAUAACUUAAACGUAGUUAAAAUACAGAAUGCAUAUUAAUGUGCAAGGUCACCGCAAGGGCCGACUUGCCAAAAUAAACUUUAAACAGUAUAUGAUAAACAGUACGCAGAUAUCGGUAUAUAGAAAAGGCGGAGAGCGAACGAAAAAUAACGAUUAUUUAUCAAAUUAAUGGUUGCUUUAAUUCUAGCAAACUGAGCAAAUUCCCACAAUAAGUUCUUUACGUUUAAUGUACACAUUUAUUUUUCGCUUUGAAUCCUAAGUCGUAAUCGUAUAUUCUACCGCUAUUUAGAGUUAUUAUUUUUUCGAUUUACCAGUUAAGUGUACCUUACGCACCGACCCAAAACCCAUUUAGUUCUCGUAAUCGUAAUCGCCCCCAUCCAUUUUGAACAUUGAAGGAGAUCCUUCACAACUGUAUGUAUUUAGUUUAGACUGCACUGUAAUUUUUAUUUUGUGUUGUUAAAUAUAUCGUUAUUUACUUAUUCGACCAAA